AUGGCUUUGGCUAACACUAGCAGUCCAGCCGCAUGUCAAGAAGAGGCUACAAAGGCAUGGACACUACCACCCUGCACUGAGUACCUAUGCCCAUUGCUGCCCAUCUGCAUUCUCAUCCCAGUGACAGCUGUGUGCUUGGUUUUACUAAUUCUUGGCGUUGGUGGCAAUGUUUUGACUGUGAUUGUGACAAGCCGGUCUCGUGACCUGCGCUGUACCACCAGCCUCUAUCUGGGGAGCUUGGCUGUCUCUGAUCUGCUGCUGCUCUUACUUGGGCUGCCGAUGGACCUGUACCGUCUGUGGCGCUCGCGGCCAUGGGUGCUAGGAACACUGUUGUGCCGUGUCUGGCAUUGGUCUGGGGAAGCGUUUGCCUACUGCUCCAUCCUUCAUCUGACGGCUCUGACGGCCGAGCGCUAUGUUGCCAUUUGCUUCCCGUUGCGUGCUAAAGUGCUGGUGACCCAACAGCGCGUAAAAGCAUUACUGGUAAUACUGUGGGCUAUUGCACUGCUCUCUGCUGCACCGUUUCUCUUCCUUGUGGGAGUCCAACAGGCCAGCAACACUUCUAAUGACAAUGGCUUCACCCGUGAGUGUGGCCCUACCGACUAUGCUAAACAGUCAGGGAUGUUGGGAACCAUGUUCUGGGUCACCACCAGCUACUUCAUGCUGCCCUGCCUCUGUCUCUACAUCCUCCAUGGCUUGAUUGCACGGGAGCUUCUACUGGUCAGGAAGGCACAGCUUGGUGGGACGUCCUACCGGAACCACCAGCAUACUGUACGCAUGUUAGUUGUGCUGAUUUUGGCGUUUAUCAUUUGCUGGCUGCCCUUCCACAUUGGCAGGAUUAUGUACAUCAACCCAGCGAAUUCCCUGAUGAUGUAUAUCGCCCAAUAUUUUAAUAUUUUUGCAUUGCAGCUUUUCUACUUGAGUGCUGGUAUCAAUCCCAUUCUUUACAACUUUGUCUCAAAGAAAUAUAGGGCAGCUCUUUAUAAGCUACUGGUGACCAAGCGAUCUACAGAAAGGUCUUCUACUAUUACCCGAGAGACUGCUGGCUACGUAGAAAUUAGUGGUUAG